AUGGCUCCGACAACACCGUCGUCGGCCCUUAAUGGCGUCGUCAUCGGGCUGCUGUCCUCCUUUGGCUCCGCCGUCCUUAUCGCCGUCAUCUUCCUCGUCAUCUACUUCUUCAGAUACACAGCCAGCGGUCGCAUCUUUCUCGAUCGCAUCGGACGCCCCGGCGAGUACGACGAUGAGCAGGCCUUCGCCAGGGAAGAGGCCGAGGCCCUCGAGUCCAUGGACGACAUGCAGCGGACCGAGUAUUUGAGAGCAAAGGCAUUCAUUAACGCGAACCCGCCCGACUCCGUCCAGACAGACAUUUCGCUGUCCCAGUACCUCGCCAUCCAAGAAAAGGGCGUCUCCGCCUGGGAGUUUGAGCCCGAGCUCGAAAUCGCCAACUGCUUCGUCGAGGCCCGCACCGAGAUUGAGUUCUUCGACUCCGAAUGCACCGUCAUGAGCAACCUGCCCGUCCCGAAGCAGAACGAAGUCUACUACUGGGAGGCCAAGAUUUACGACAAGCCCGAAAACACAUUGAUCAGCAUCGGCAUGGCCACCAAGCCGUACCCGUUGUUCAGAUUACCCGGCUUCCACAAACACUCCGCCGCAUAUCUGUCGACGGGCCAGCGCCGGUGCAACCAGCCCUUCAACGCGACGCCCUACGCACCGCAGUACGUCCAGGGCGACGUCAUUGGCGUCGGCUACCGCCCGCGGACGGGCACCAUUUUCUUCACCCGCAACGGUAAGAAACUGGAGGACGUCGUUCACGGUGUCAAGUCGCAAAACUUCUUCCCCGCCGUCGGCGCCAACGGCCCCUGCAUCAUCCACGUCAACUUUGGCCAGGCCGGCUUCGUCUUCAUCGAGGCCAACGUCAAGAAGUGGGGCCUCGCCCCCAUGACCGGCAGCCUCGCGCCGCCUCCGCCGUACGGCUCCGAGCAGGGCGACAUCCUGCUCGAGGCCGGGCGCAAGGACGGCUACACGGGCAGCAUUACGCAGCAGCGGGGGCACACGCAGUCGCAGUCGUACUCGCAGAGUGGACUGGGUCCUCAGCAUGGACGCACAAGGAGCGGAAACUUCAGAGUACUACCACCGAGGAGCCCCGGUCCCGUGAGAAGCCCGACUGACAUCUCCCUGACGCACUUCGUGCCCAACGAUGAGGGCGGCGAGCCGAGCGGCAGCAACCCCGGGCACGAAGGGGAAAGCGUCGUAGGGCUUGGGCUUCAAGACGCCCUGAAUCCUCCCCCCGAGUACACGAGUCCUGAUUCCUCGGAGGCCGGAAGCCGCCGGAACAGCACGGACAGCGAGAACACGCCCCUCAUCCGCGUGCUCAACCGGAGCCGUGGCGCGACGGUGGCAUCAGCGGCGGGCCCUUCGCACCCCCCGAUACCCAGCUACACCGACGCGGUGCGCGCCGGCGCCGGGCGGGAGGGGAACAGCACUCCACGGCCCAGCCGGCACGGCAACCGGUCGAGGUCGCAGAGCGCGCAAUGA